GACGGCACUGACUGGCAUCAUUGCUGGGCACUGACUGGCGGCACUGACUGGCACAACCGCUGGGCACUGACUGGUGGCACUGACUGGCAGCACUGCUGGGCUGCACUGGUGGGUGGCACUGGUGGGCAGCACUGGUGGGUGGGCACAGGUGGGUGGCACUGGUGGGCACAGGUGGGUGGCACUGGUGGGCACAGGUGGGUGGGCACAGGUGGGUGGCACUGCUGGGCACAGGUAGAGUGGCACAGGUGGGUGCACUGCUGGGCACAGGUGGGUGCACUGCUGGGCACAGGUGGGUGAUCUGCUGGGCACAGGUGGGCG